CAAACUUUUAUAGGCUUUGAUCCCAUAUAUAUAUGAAUUCUUGAUUUUCAAUUUUGGAUAUGCUGCGUGAGAUUGUUAUUUGAUCCCCAGCUUGGAUUCUAGUUUGUUUGCAGAGGAACCUUCAUCAAGGUCAAUGGGGAAGCAAUUUGAUAAAAAGAAAAUCACUUGGACGAUUAAAAAUUUCUCCUCUUUACCAGCCGACAUUAUUUAUUCUGAUCCUUUUGUCGUUGGUGGCUGCAAAUGGCAUCUACGGGCCUAUCCCAAGGGGUAUAAUAAUACUAAUUCCUUGUCCCUAUUUCUGGGUGUUCUUAACUCUACUUCUUUGCCUUCCGGAUGGAGAAGACACGCUAAAUUUCGUCUGACAAUAGUAAAUCAAUUAUCAGAUAAACUCUCUCAGUCAAAACUUAAAGAACUAGAAAACUGGUUUGAUGAGAAGACUUCCAAUUGGGGUCUUCCAUCCAUGUGUCCCCUGAAUGAGAUUCAUGCCAAAGAUAGUGGAUAUCUAUUAAACGGGGAACUUAAAGUUGUUGCGGAGAUAGACGUUCUUGAAACUAUUGGCAAAGUAGAUGUAACAGAGGAAACUUCAACAAUAGCUGAAAUCGUAGAUGUUAAUGGCUUUAACCUUCCUCCUUCACAGGCAAAAUCUGUGAGCCGUAUGUUUGAAAGACACCCAGAGGUUGCGUCAGACUUCCGUCCAAAGAACCCAAACCUCAGGACGGGUUACAUGAGUCUGCUACUCAGUCUGAUUCAGAGUAUGAGCAAGUUACCUCAGGAAAUUUCCAAGGAUGAUCUGUUGGAUGCUUAUGCUGCAUUGGGAUCCAUGAAAGAUGCUGGGUUUAAACUGGAUUGGUUGGAGAAGAGACUUUAUGAAGUGUCAGAAAAGAAGGAGAAUGAGGAGGCUAGUCAGAUUGGGCUAAAAGAAAUGGAGGAAGAGUUGAAGGAUAUGAAGCAGAAGUGUUCAGACAUGGAAGCUCUGGUGGAGAAGGAGAAGGCGAAAGUGUCGGCUGUGAAAGCUCCUAUCUUAUUCGAUGAUAUUGUUUAAUGGCCCUCGAUUAAGGCACUUGGAGUUUGGUUAUGCUUGGUGUUGUGGGCUGUUCUUGCUAAUGAGUCCUCUUCAAACUAAGGAAGAUAAAAGAGACCCAUAUCUUGGAAAUAUCCGUAAUGUUGUCAAUUGUAAAUCUCUUGAUUUAAUUUCUGUUAAGAAUUGAUCGAUAAUAGAGUAUAUAAUCAAUAUUUACUCAAAAAAAUUCCGUAGGAUGACUUUCAUAUCAAAUGCAUCGAUGAAUGAAUCAAGCAGCGACAAAAUUGUAGGAGUUUUGUUUUUUUUUGGUUAUCAUA